AUGAAACCUUUCAGCAAGUACGCCAUACAGCAAGUAAUGAGGGCAACCAAAUGGUCGGUAUUUCAGUAUGGUGUCAGAACAAUGGUUGUGAUGGUGUUAGUGGUAAGAAUUUUUGACUACGGAUACCUUUCCGCAAUUGAAUACCCUCUGAGGACGUUCUAUGGCCUCCUCUCUCUGGCAUACGUUCUACUUGGUGUGCUCUGGCUAUGCUUCACGUUCUGUCACUGGAAGGAUCUCCUUAGAAUUCAAUACUACAUUACUCUUAUGAUCUCGGCUGGACUCAUUGAAGAGCUAACCUCUUACGGGCUCUAUGAGUCACUCAACCGAACAGGAGUGACUGUCAAAAGUGCAUUGAUUUUUGCCCUCAUCGUCAGUUGUCUGAAGCGGGUGCUCGCACGGUUCCUUCUAAUGAUAGUUUGUGUUGGCUAUGGAAUCACCAAGUCGCGGCUUGGCACGGCCUACCGUCGCAUUGUGUGGAUUUGCGUAUUAUAUCUCUUUUGCUGCCUCCUUGAUGGCGGGCUUCGUAUGUUCCAUCCCCGCUUCGACCUUUCCCUCACCAUCCUCCUGGGGGCACUCCCCCUUAUCGCCGUGGACCUGGCCAUCCUAUGGUGGUGUUUCUCCAACCUUGUCUCCACCCUUCGGGAAACACGCAUGAGGCGUAACAAGGUCAAGCAUGAGCUCUAUCGCGUCUUUUCUGGAUUACUCAUCUCUGUUGCCUUAGUCUCAGUUUUGUUCAUGUGCGUUUCCAUCAUCCUUCUGCACUGGAACCCCUGCAUCACAGCCUGGCGGUACAUCUGGUUUGACGAGACUCUGUGGCAGAUUCUCUUCUUCGUGAUUCUCCUCGCCAUCGUCGUUCUCUGGCGUCCGAGCAGCACCAACAAGCUGUACGCCAGAAGCGCCUUCCUCGACCCCGACGUGGAGCCACCGCCUGAGGACCUCGAGGAACUCCUUCUCGACGCGAUCGUCUCAGGUGCGUCUGCCAUUGCACUCCACCUUGAUGAUGCGUUGCGGUGGGCUGAGGAGAACAUUCCCCCUUCACAACCCACUAAGUGA